AAUACGAUCGCUUACAACGCCAGGUGCGAUUCUACACACCCACACACUCUUCCACCCCUCGCAUUUUACUGAUCCAAAAAUUAAUUCUGGGAAAUUUCUGUUUUUCUACAGCAUUAUCUGCUAAAGAGUGCUCGAAAGAGCAACUUGUGGGCGCCAAUACACGAACCUACGACCAUUUUGGAUAUCGGGACCGCCAACGGUAUCUGGGCCAUGGAAAUGGCGUCUCAAUAUCCACAAGCCCAGAUCUUUGGCGCAGACAUCCGCGUGCCUCCAGAACAACCUAAUUUCAAGAAUCUCAAGUUCCUGGAAAUGGACAUUCACCAACCGUGGCCAUUAUCCGAUAACAGCGUCGAUUUUGUGUUCCAGCGUAACAUGGGCCAUUUUAUUCAAAAAGAUCAGUGGCCAUUUGUUUUACGUGAAAUGCUUCGUGUGCUUAAACCGAAUGGUUACAUUGAACUAGUGGAACCUGAUCUGUGGCAUCACAAUCCCGGUCCGGUCUUGCAAGCAUUCGACCAGUUUUUCCAGAAUCUUUGCAAUACCGAUCUUCACAUUGACUAUGCCUUCACGGAAACAUUGAAAGAUCAAGUGGAAGCGGUCGGUUUCGUUGAUAUUGAGCAACGUACUUUGGAUAUUCCUAUUGGUGAAUGGCCCCAAGAACCAGAACUUAAACAAUUUGGAUUCAUCAACAAGGAAACGCAGAAAGCCUUGCUAAAGAAUCGUCGACAAUUUUAUAUGACGAAAUGGAAUCUAUCUUCAGAAGACUACGACACCGCUGUGGUUGAAGUACUUGAAGAAUUCGAAGAGUAUCGUGGCUUCCAAAGGUUUAAUUGCUGGAUCGCCAGAAAGGCACCCCAAAACGUAUCAUAGACAAUCCCAGUAUAGACUUUUUCUUUUCUUUUUUUUUUCUUUUUUUUU